CUGAUGAAAUACUGCUCUCUGAUCUCAGGUGUCGUGUUUAAUGAUGUGUAUGCUGCCUCUAAGUUUGCCAUGGAAGGCUUUUGUGAGUGUCUGGCUGUACAGCUGCUCAAGUUUAACGUCACUAUGUCUAUGAUAGAGCCAGGCCCGGUCCAUACAGAGUUUGAAUCUAAGAUGAUUCAGGACGUCCGUCAGAAAGAGUACCCUGGGGCCGAUGCAGAUACAGUCAACUACUUUAAAAACGUCUACCUGCCCUCCUCCGUCGACAUCUUUGAGACGCUAGGACAGACCCCCGAUGACAUCGCCAGGUGUACUAAGAAGGUGAUUGAGCAGGGCAGUUCUGCACGGUUCCGGAACCUUACCAACCCGCUGUACACGCCCAUCGUGGCACUGAAGUAUGCAGAUGAGACGGGCGGCCUGUCGGUGCACGCCUUCUACCAUAUGUUGUUCAACCUGGGGCCCCUGAUGCACGUCAGCAUGAAGGCUAUGCAGUACCUGACCUGUGGAUGUCUACGCUCCAGGACCAUCUCCCCUAACUAGACAUGGACACACACACACGGCAUGCAGAGACACACACACACAGAGACAGACGAGCAUGCAGACACACAAACACACGGGCACGCAGAGACACACACAUACACACACGGGCACGCAGAGACACACACAUACACACACGGGCACGCAGAGACACACGAGCAUGCAGACACACAAACACACGGGCACGCAGAGACACACACACACACACACACACACACACACACGCAGAGACACACACACACACAGGCACGCAGAGACAAGUGCCAGGCACACAGAGACAACACACACAUAGACACACGGAGGCACACAGUGACACACACACACUAGUAUGCAGUACCUGACCUGUGGAUGUCUGCGCUCCAGAACCAUCUCACCCAACACACACGGAGAGUCGAGACACACACUCACACGGAGAGUCGAGACACACACUCACACGGAGGGUGGAGACACACACUCACACGGAGGGUGGAGACACACACUCACACGGAGGGUGGAGACACACACUCACACGGAGGGUGGAGACACACACUCACACGGAGGGUGGAGACACACACUCACACAGAGAGUGGAGACACACACUCACACGGAGGGUGGAGACACACACUCACACGGAGGGUGGAGACACACACUCACACGGAGGGUGGAGACACACACACUCACACGGAGGGUCGAGACACACACACUCACACGGAGGGUCGAGACACACACACUCACACGGAGGGUCGAGACACACACACUCACACGGAGGGUCGAGACACACACACUCACACGGAGGGUCGAGACACACACUCACACGGAGGGUCGAGACACACACUCACACGGAGGGUCGAGACACACACACUCACACGGAGGGUCGAGACACACACACUCACACGGAGGGUCGAGACACACACACUCACACGGAGGGUCGAGACACACACACUCACACGGAGGGUCGAGACACACACACUCACACGGAGGGUCAAGACACACACACUGUAAAGACAAACUCAAAACACCCCCCUGCAGUUUUAAAGUGUUCCUACCUCUGUGAGCUGCCAUACUUUGUACUGUUUGUUUUGAUAGAAGCAGGACCUACAGAAGGUGAAAUGUAGGUCUGUCUGUCUAACAUAGACUAUGUAUGUAUAGACACUAUCUUGUGUGUAAUAUAUGUCAUUUUGAAUAGAAUGGAUCGGCUCUAUUUUGACAUUAAAAGCUCUUUCUACCUU